CUGUCUGUGGUUCAGAGUAUACGGAGCGUCUGUCUCAUCGGAGGGCUGGUCGAGAUGUGUAUUGGAGGAAGUAAACAAGAAUUGUCGGUCUCACGUAGGUGGAGGAGGCUUUAAUGUCAGUGUGCAGGUUACAUAUGAGAGGAAGGGUCGUCCUGGUGAGGUCCUUACAGAAAGCUGACACAUUUCUUCAACGAAGUAUUGGAACAGACGUCGCUGCUGCUCAAGCUGAGGCUCCUCCGAGAGACGGAAGUGAUGAAAAGGAUGGGUGCAAGUCUUUACACGCUCUGCAGGUGGAGAGACAAGAGCAGGCAGAAAGAUCUGUUCUUAUCAACUGCCAAUCCAGAACCAAUGAGAAAAAGUUCCUCAAGUAUUUAUCAAACCAUGGAGACAUUAAGAAAUACUUCUUUUAUGAAAGCUAUGGCCUGUAUGCUGUUGUGGAGUUUGCAAAGCGGGAAAAUGUUGCCUCUCUACUUGAAGGAGCCGUCAUCCCCAGUGUCAGCCAUGAGUCCACAGUGCCUUUUAAAUCAAGACUGCUAUCACUCAGAAACCUCAGUUUGGUGGACUUAUCAAACCAGCAGUCAGGCCUGCAGUGCCAGCCUCAAACCACUAUUCCAAUCAAUGAGUUCAUACAGAGGCUGUCCAAAGAGGAGAGUAUAGACCAGCAGAUAACCUCCCUGACAGAAGCCUAUCAGCUUACAGAGGAGAACAGCCGACUGCGUUUCCUCGUCUGCUCCCUGUUGAAAGAUAUCGCUGCUGCUUAUUUCCCAGAAUGCACCAUCAAACCAUUUGGCUCAUCAGUGAAUGGCUUUGGAAAGCUUGGCUGUGACCUGGACAUGUUUCUGGAUCUGGAUGGCAUCAGUGGGCGGAAUGUAAAGAUGCCAAAAUCAGGCCUGUCCCUGGAAUACCAGAUGAAGCGAGCCAACUCGGAGCGGGCAGUCACCCAAAGCAUCCUCUCCGUCAUCGGGGAGUGUGUGGACCAGUUUGGACCUGGGUGCGUGGGAGUACAGAAGAUUCUGAAUGCUCGAUGCCCUCUGGUCCGUUUUGCCCACCAGCCCUCUGGCUUUCAGUGUGACCUCACAGCCAACAACAGGGUGGCGAUGAAGAGCACAGAGUUGCUGUACCUGUAUGGACAGCUGGACCCACGGGUGCGCAGCCUGGUGUUCACGGUGCGCUGUUGGGCCCGAGCUCAUGGCGUCACUAGCAGUAUACCAGGGGCCUGGAUCAGCAACUUCUCCCUCACUGUCAUGGUGCUGUUCUUCCUCCAGAAGAGGAGCAUCCCCAUAAUCCCCACACUGGAACAUCUCCGGGACUUGGCAGGUCCUGCAGACAAGAGCGUGAUUGAGGGAAAUGACUGCACGUUUGUCAGCGAUUUCAGCAAAAUCCAGCUCAAGAGCAACACAGAGACACUAGAGCAACUACUAUGCGAGUUCUUUGAGUUCUAUGCCACUUUUCCCUUCAGCAGGAUGUCCCUAAAUAUCAGAAAGGGCAAAGAGCAGAACAAGCCAGAGGUGGCCCCACUGCACAUCCAGAAUCCGUUUGAAACCUCUCUGAACGUCAGCAAGAACGUCAACGCCACUCAGUUAGACCGCUUUGUGGCUUUGUGUCAAGAGAGCUCCUGGCUGCUCCAGCAGAGGGAAACCAACACACCCAGAGGUGGAGCCAACAUGACCACAGCUUGGGGACUCGCUACCCUGCUCCUGCCUUCACAGGUUGCAGGGAUCAAAAGUCGCAAGAAAAGAAGACGGGAGCCAGCCAGUGAGAGGAUCAAGGGUUUGCUAGAAUCCUUGAAGAAUAAAAAUCAACCAAAGACAAGCUAAGGAGGACUCUAAGACACCUCAGAAACAAUCUACAUUCUCUUAUCACUAAUUUAAACCGUGAAUUGGUGGCAGCCUGUUGGUGUAACUGUCCAGUGCCUCACCUAAAAGGUGAGAGCGGAGCAGAAGCAGCAGAUGCAGAGACUGGCUUGCAGUUCCCAACAUGGACACUGGAGGGUGUGAAUGGAACCUGUUUGUGCAUGUUUGGGACUUAAAAUAAGGGAGUGAUUACUGUGUACUUUGCUGUAGACUGUAACCCACUCUGUUGUAAUUAAAGGAGUACUGUGGAAAUAAGUCCUGCCAGAUGUUUGUUUAGGAGUUAAGACUGUAUUUUCACUUUCAUUUUUGAUUCUAAAUCUGUGUUAUUAGAUGUUAUCAGCACAGUAGACACACAUCAUAUUAAUGAUACAGCAGGGGUGGAAUAAUCAAGAUUUUUACUGAAAAGUGUAUACACUUAUUAUGACCAGAAAUGUACAAUAGGCAGCUAAAGGGUUGCAGAAUACAAAUUAACAAUAAUAGUUGAGCAUAGAAAGUAAUUCUACAUUUUCUUAUUCUCCAUGUUUUCUAUUAAAAUCAGAAUUUGAAAACAA